CUUAGCAUUCAUAUCACACAUUCACUUUCUACCACACGUCCAUGCUUUGUUCCUGGUAUCGGCGAUUCCACGCGCGCUACACGUAUAGUCAUCGUCCUACGUACGAUUGAUCUAUUACGUCUCGAGAGUGUUGCCAUCACCUCGCUCCACCUGUCACGUUCUAUCACCCGGCCAACGAGUCAUAGGGCUUCUUUUAUGUUGAUAACAACUCUCAAUGGCGAUUCCCUAUCGCCCCUCAGACCCCCCUCGCAAUAACUCCGGCGUCCCUAGCGCCCCGAGGUCCGACGCCACACUCCACCCGCGCCAACCCCCAAUGCGAGACCAAAGGCAUGCCUUCGGACGGCUGCUCAACCAAGAGGAGGCUACCGUGUGAUCGGCAAGCCGGACGGAAGGAAUACUUCCGACCUAGAUACCGCACUCGAGUAUGCUUGCCAGUAAGCGUAUUGUCGUUGACUUAGAAGCGAUUCGUUCUGUAUCGAACGUUAGGGAGUUCAAAGACGUGUUAGCUCGGGGAGGGGGGAACAUUUGAAGAGGACUAUGAUCGGUGCUUCGAGUCGGAUUCGCCGGCAGCUUGGUAGAUGUAAUCCUGUCAUCUGCCGCCGCCCUAGCGGGCAUUCCAGAAAACUAUCGAGUACGAGUUGCCGAACUUACUAUUUCAUAGUGCUAUUCGAGAUUCCAAUUAACCUAACAAAAACCGUGCCACUCAUUCUCCGUGGUGUAAGUUGAUGGAUAUGUAAUCCCAGUAGGCAUGUUGGUGGUUAGCUAGAACGGUCAUGGUGAUGGUUGUCUGUCCUUUUCGUGUUAUGUGGGUUUACCCUGAUGUGUGGGAGUUUUCCCUUCCUGUAUUUAAGCAGGAGCAAAUCGGUCAUGGACCACUAAGUCGAACACA